ACUAGAGAAUAGAAUCUGUGAAGUCACAACUCAAUCAAUAACUCAAUAAGCAGAGAACAUAUUUUGGUCUUUUAUAAGUCUGGCAACAUUUCAUUGAUUCUCUUGGUCUGAAGGGCUGUUGCAUCAUCGAUUUUGGUAAAAUGGCUGAAAAACUUAUUCCUGUGGUGAAGGCUGAUGAAGAAGAAGAGGAGGAAUUAGUGGACCCUCAGCAGGCGUUGAGGGAUGAAUGUAGCCAAAAGCAGGAGGCUCAAAGCUUCUGGACAAAAUACCAAGAAUGCAAUAAUCGUGUGAAUUCAAAAUCAAACACCGCAGAGACCUGUGAAGAGGAACUCAUAGAUUACGUUCAUGCCCUUGACAAGUGUGUCAACAAAGACCUCUUCAAGCGGCUUAAGUAGAUUUAGUUUAGUUUCCUACCAUUUUGCCACCAUGUUCAGUAGAUCAAUAGGAAAUUAUUUAAUAAAUGCUAUUCAGUGUGUUUGAGUUUAUAAUGUAAAUAAAUAAUCAUUUUGUUCCA